GAGCUCGCACGGCGAAACCCCCAUUUCCCUCCUCCGUCGAAACCCCUAAACACGACUUCGCCCGGCGGAAAUCGACCUCCGCCGGCGAAAUGUCCGCGUGGCAGAUACUCCCCGGCGGCUGCGGCGGCGGCGAUUACCGGUGGGAGCCGUGCGGCGGCCACUCGGGGGCCGCGCUCGAGAACGAACCGAAUGGAGCUCCGACCGAGCAGCGUCUGCCCAAUUCUCGUCUCCCUUCGAUGUCCGAUCUCUUGCUUCAAGGACGUUCGAAGCUUCUCGAGAAUGGUGAUGCUGCUUCGCGGAGCUUGCCGAUGUUCCGGACUGGGUCCGGCAAAUCAGUGGCUCUGAAACAGUCUUCUGUAGCCAAAGCUUUGUCUGUUCUGGGCGAUGAAGAUGGUGAUGAUUUCCCUGAUCCUGGAUGUUCGAGGCUAUUAGAGAAUGGUGAUGCUGCUUUGCAAAGCUUGCCGAUGUUCCAGACUGGGUCGGGCAAAUCAGUGGCUCCGAAACAGUCUUCUAUAGCCAAAGCUUUGUCUGUUCUGGGCGAUGAAGAUGGCGAUGAUUUCCCUGAUCCUGGAUGUUCGAAGCUUCUAGAGAAUGGCGAUGCUGCUUCGCGGAGCUUGCCGAUGUUCCGGACUGGGUCGGGCAAAUCAGUGGCUCUGAAAAAGUCUUCUAUAGCCAAAGCUUUGUCUGUUCUGGGCGAUGAAGAUGGUGAUGAUUUCCCUGAUCCUGGACAAGCACAUGUUCGAGAUUUUAGGCCUGACAGAUCUAGUUUUCUUUUCCAGACUGGGUCUGGGAAAGUGGUUAGUGCAUCUCCUACAGGUAUGGAAAGAGCCAAGACGUUGUUGGGGCUGGAAGAAGGUACCGAUCAACACGAUUUCGCAGGCUUACGACCCACAAGAAGGCCACCCAUUGUCAAUAACACUAAUAGGUGUCAACUCGCAUCACAUUUGGACAGAAAAGAAGGUUUGGUUCAUGCUGAUGCCCUGCACUCUUUAUCUGCUCCGAGCAUCUCAUUUACUUGUGGAACUAGUUUAGUAGAAACUAAACUGAAGGACUCUGGAAAUUGUAGUAAUAUGCAAACAAAGAUGUGUGAUAUACCUUCUAAACCAGCUCCAAUCAAGUUCCAAACAGCUGGUGGGAGAUCUAUAUCAAUUUCUGGUGAUGCCCUUAAACGUGCCAGGAGUCUUCUUGGUGAUCCAGAAUUGGGAGACUUCUUGAAUGAGGGGAACUUUGACAGCAGGCCAUUUUCUUUCUUGAAUGAGAGAGAGACCGGGGAUAAUUCAUCAAACAAAGAAAAUGAUUCUUCGAUGUCCUUUCUCUGUCAAGGAACACCGAAGAGGAACCAUAUGCCCAAUGGUUUCAUAACUCCAUUGCGAUCAUCCUCUAAUAAAGCGUGUUACCCAAAAGUGUUGGAAAAACCAUCGUUUGGGGAUAACUUGAUCAACAAGUUUGAUGCAGCUGUCUGUGACAGCACAGAUAGGUCCAAUUUUGAUGUGGCUUGUCUGCAGAAGCCCUUAACUACUAGGUCAUCCUCUAGCCCUGUAAUUGGCAAGUCCUUGGCAAAUGGAAUCGGUCCAGGGAUGAAUCCACAUGUAAGAUUGUCAGGUGGUUCACUGAUGGACAUCUCCAACAGAAUUGACAUCACUUGUUCAGGCGCUGGAAAAGUUGAAACGAGGAGACUCAAAAAAGCAAGUUUCGUUUCCCCUUUCAAGAGGCCACGAAGUUCUGCAUUCUCAUCCCCAUUGAAAAGUGAUCGCUUAUUCUCUUCCAGUGGCUUAUCCACUUCAUUGGCUAAGCAAUCCCUCCAUAAAGGAAAGGUGUCAUCUCGAUACCCAUCUCAGAUUCCAAGAGUAUAUGUGAGUGAAUACUUUGCGGGGCCUCCACAAGAGCAGAACACGGUGCAGCAUAUUCCAGACCAGUUGAGAAGGAUUAAACCAGAUAAUGCCCACAAAUUUGUGUUUACUAAUGAAUCUGGCUUGAAUGGCAUUGGGGCAGAAGCCUUCCUUCACAUGCUGGUCCAGUCUGGAGCAUCUACACAGCAUAUUUCUAAAGGAUGGGUCACAAAUCACUAUAGGUGGAUUAUUUGGAAGCUUGCCUCUUAUGAGAGAUAUUACCCAGCUACAACUGGAAAGUUUCUUACCACCACAAAUGUGCUAGAGGAACUGAAGUAUAGAUAUGAAAGGGAAAUCAAUCAUGGCCACCGUUCUGCAAUUAAGAGAAUUCUUGAAGGAGAUGCCUCCCCCGCUGCAAUGCUUGUGCUGUGUGUUUCAGCUAUCCAUGCCGACGACAACCUUAAGACUCCAAGCUCAACCACACCAUCAAAUGGGACACUAAACAACAAUGCCAUGCGAUUGGAGCUAACUGAUGGCUGGUACUCUGUAGAUGCCCUUUUAGAUGAUUUGCUGUCAAAGCAUCUUAUGGAAAAGAAAAUCUACAUUGGCCAAAAAAUUCGAAUCUGGGGAGCAAGAUUAGGUGGCUGGGCUGCACCUGUUUCACCGCUUGAGGAAACAAGAACGGUUACUUUAUUAUUGCAUGCAAAUGGAACAUAUAGAGCUCAUUGGGCUGAUCGACUGGGUUUUUGCAAGGGUGCUGGGGCUCCAUUGGCAUUCAGAUGUAUCAAGAGUAAUGGAGGUCCAAUCCCCAUGACUUUAGUUGGAGUUACACGAAUAUACCCUAUUCUCUACAGGGAGAGGUUUUGUAGUGGAGAUUCCAUUGUCAGAUCAGAGAGGAUGGAGAUGAAAAUCAGGCAGUUGUACAAUCAGAGGCGUUCCUUGGUCAUUGAAGGUGCCGUUUCAGAAUUUCAACGAAGUACCAAAGACUUUCUUCUUUCUAAUGACAGUGAUAGUGAGGAGGGAGCAAAAAUAUUGAAGUUACUUGAGAUGUCUGCUGAACCUGAAGUUCUUAUGGCCGAGAUGAGUCCUGAUCAGUUGAAUUCUUUUGCUGCUUAUCGAUCGAGAUUGGAAGUGACUAGGCAAUCUGACAUGGAGAAAUCUAUUGAGAAAGCUCUGCAAGAUGCUGGUUUAACUGAAAGAGAAGUCACUGCAUUUAUGAGGGUGAGGGUGGUAGGGCUAAAAAGAAGAACUUACCAUGGAAAAAGUAGUCAAGAAGAGGGAUUUAUAACAAUCUGGAACCCAACUGAGAAGCAGCAAAAUGAUUUAAUUGAGGGGCAGGCAUACGCUAUCACUGGGCUUGUUCCAGCGAAGUCCAAUUCAGAAACCAUCUACCUACAGGCAAGAGGACCCACUACAAAAUGGCAGCAUCUAUCUUCUCGAGAAGUUGAAAAUUUCGAGCCAUUCUUCAGUCCCCGCAAAGCCAUUUCUCUAUCGAAUUUGGGUGAAAUUCCGCUUUCCAGUGAAUUCGAUAUUGCUGCUUUCGUUCUUUACGUGGGUGAGGUUUACACAAUGGCCAACCAAAAAAGGCAGUGGAUCUUUGUGACAGAUGGUUCUAAAGUUGAGAAGCAGGCUGGCGAAUAUGACACUUCUUUACUUGCCAUCAGCUUCUUCUUCCCUCCAACUGAUGAUAAUUCGUUUGUCCCAAUCAAUUACAACCUUGUGGGAUCGACGGUUGGGUUCUGUAAUCUUAUUAAAAGAGCAAAAGACCAAAUGAAUCAUCUCUGGGUAGCAGAAGCAACAGAAAAUUCAAACUACUUUCUUAGCUUCGACCCUCCCCAUUUUUGUCACCUUAAAGAAGCUGCCCUGUCUACUCACGGAUGGGCAAAAGUCUCUGAGUUGAUAAUUGAUGAGCUAAAGGAGAGGGUGUUAUUUAUUAUUGGGGGUUGCAAAAACUAGAUGGUGAAGGUGACAAUGCAACCUUGAUUAAAGAAUGUGCAAUUCAAGUUGAUGCAUGAUGCUAGUUCGGGAUGGGCAGUGCUUGAAGGAGCAGCAUUGAUUUCGUUGAUGUUUCACUGUACAUUGUUCACAUCUUCCUGAAGAAAGGAUCAACCAUGACACAAUCUUCCAUUUCUUCUUGUUAAGUAGAGCUCAGUUGUAUAGACAUUUGUGGUCAAAUCUCGAGUUCCUAUUUAGCCCUCUAGCUGAGAACCCCGGCUGGUCUAGCGUCGUAAGGUUUUUGGUUACGCGAAGAGUACAUUAUGACAAGUUUAAAUUCUCUUCUUUACUGUCCGUGUAUAUUGGGUGUUGGAUUUGCUAGGAGUGAUAGACUCCAUGCGCAUCCUGUACAAUGUCUUGAUGAUAACUAACCUUCAAGUUGCAUUUGGCACCGAAAAUAUUACAGAUUGAGAAUAGAAUGUUAAGUUCGUCUUAGGAGGUAAA